AUGUGCUUCUUCAAAGAUUUUUUCUUCAGGAAUAAGUGUGUCACUGUUCUUCCAUCAGUAUUUUGGCACAACUUGUCCAUACUUCAUUGUGGAGCCAGCGUUGAUGAUAAGUGUGAUACUCUUACUGAUGAACAAAGGCUUGAUGCUCGGUUCGGCGAUAUUCUGGAUUUCGUUGAAGAUUUCGACUUUAUUGAUGUAGAAUAUAUCGUCUUACCAGUAAACGAGUGGGAGCACUGGUCGUUAGUAAUCAUCUGCCACCCUUUUACUACGUCAGCCAGGAUGGUCUGUUUCGAUUCUCAGAUAAAUGAGGACUUGAACAACAUCCAGAACAUAGCUCUUCUCUGUAAUGAAUUCCUUAAGGUAAUAUUAAACACAGCCAUUGUUUCACUGUAUUACUUUUACAUCACAAUCUUAUACCUUCUAUUUAUCCAGUAUGUGUGGCUGCGACGACGUCCGCAUCCACAUUGCUCGGUGGAACUAAUGCCUUGUGUCAUACCGGAAAGCCUGCCACAACAAAGUAACAACUUUGAUUGCGGUUUAUACAUCGUUGAAUUUGCUCGCCGAUUCCUUCUUGCUCCUCCGCAUAAUUUGGAUGCUUUUGACUUUUGUGCCGAGUAUCCAGAUUUCACAGUGAAGAGUAAACGAACGGACAUCCAGAACGCUAUUUUAUCAUUGUGCUCCAACCGUGAGUUGUGGGAUCCGGUCAUAAAGUUGUUGAACAAACGUGUCCGGAAAGACUAA